AUGGGAUGGCGGCGGGAGCGUGUAGCCAUGGUGGUGGCGAUGGUGGCGAUGGUUGGGGGAGCGGCAGCGGCACUGUCUCCUUCUGCCUUUGUCGGAUCGUUAGCAGUGAAGGAUGCCCGCUCCGGGGACAGCGCCGAGGUCGUUCGGACGAGACUAAAAGCUGAACAAGGAGCUGAAUGGAGGAGGAAGAGGAUCUUCGUCACAGGCGCGACAGGAGGCAUCGGUCGAUGGGUUGUAACCUCUCUCCUACAAACGACCAAGCACAACAUCGUCUGCCUUGUACGAGAUCCCAAGUCACUUCAGCUGCCCAAGUCCGUCAAAGACGAGGCCAGGAAAAGGCUGGCGUUGGUGAUCGGUGACAUUUGCGACGAGGAGCUGUACAGGAGCGAAGUGAGGAGGGCAGACUGCCUCGUGUUGCUAGCGUGCUGCUGGGGAGGAAACGAUUGUUUCAGAGUGAACGUGAAGGGACUGAUGAGCGUGUUAAACUGCGCGAAUCAAAGAGCUCAGAUAUUCUACGCUUCUUCAGCCUGUCUGAUCAAUUCGGAAGAAAAGCUACGAAGGUUCUCCGUCAGAUACGAUGAGAGUAAAAUGGAGGGGAUUCACAUGAACUACAUCAAGUCAAAGGCUGCAGCUCUCAAGGAGAUCCUGGGCAGAGAAGACUUGAGGUACAGGCUCACUGUUCUCUACCCCUGUGUCGUGCUCGGCCCGCGCAAGAACGGAGCUGCGAGACUGUUUGAAGAGGCUAUCCUUUCCCGCACGCUUGAGUUCACAGGACUCGCUCCUUCCACGCACUUCAUCCAUGCUCGCGAUGCAGCAACCGUUAUCACCCAUCUCAUUGACCGACCGCAGCUCGGGAGAUGCGAUCCGAGCUUGCAGUACACGAAGGUUAUCGGAGAUCCAUUUCCAUACCAACCGAUCGACAAGAAAAGUAGAUCCAAGAGAAAUUCUCUCUGCACCCGGCACUUGAUCCUUGCACAGCCCGCUUUCACAUCCCUGUGGGUGAGAUCCCUAGGUGGUUCCCUUGGCGCAGCCUUCGGCUUGUUUCUGGGAUGGGCAGGCAUGCUUGGUGCUCCGAGAACUGAUCUCGCCCUCGCUGGAUGGUCAAUCAUCGUCUGGACCAUGGCCGGGCUUUUUGGCGGAGCUUCCACGUCACCAGCCAUCCCAUCCGGGGUUGUGACUGGCAUGAUGACUAUGUCGGAAACCCUCAACGGCUUCAAAGAAGUUGCCAGGGCCUCUUGCAUACCAGCGUCCACCUUCCCUACAGCUGUCAACCCCGAAGCCCUCGGACUGCAGUCUUGUGCUCCAACAUUUUCGAGUUUACGUACGACCAGUGCAGUGUGA